AUGGCGAGCGCGCAGACUACCGGCACCGCCAGCUUCCUGAAGCUACCAACCGAGCUGCUCGACCAGAUUGCCAGCCUCCUUCCUCGAUCGGCUCUUCGUGCACUCGCCUUGACGUCAAAGAAGGCGAAUGUCUCCGCCAUCGACACCCUCUACAAGACUUACCUCAAUCGUACAGCGCCGGCGAAAGCACCCUUUCAUCUCUUCCUCCGCACGGUAUGCGAGCGACCUGACCUUGCGGCGAAGGUGAAGCGCGUCGACAUUCGCGGCUGGCGUUCCGAGUAUGAGGUUGCGACAGGAGCUGCAUGGCGGGGCGUGACUGAAGUCAGGGACGUCGACCAGAUCGAGAAGAGUGGCCCAUCGUUCACAAGCACAGAGAAGAGUGUGCGAGAUUCAGCUGCAGCGAGAUUCAAGUUGUUUGUCGGAGCUGCAGUCAAGGCCGGUAUAGUCUCGGAGCCUACAUCGCUUUCCGUAUCGGCGCUGAAGGCGAGCAUCGUAUGGUACACAACACUGAAGGAGGACGGCGACUUUCUGCGACUUCUGGGACGGGGUGUGGAGGAUGCGCAGCUUGUGCUGAUGCUGGCUCUGCUACCCAACAUGGAGGUCCUCCGUAUUGAUGGACUGAGCCCCUUUCCGCUCCUUGAUUGGCAUCACUUCCUGUCUCGUUCCAGUACAGCACUUCGGAAGCUUUCCGGGCUGCAUAUUAUCGGCUCGAAUACCAACUCGAAAGAGCCAGUCGUCAAAAACAGUUUACAGUUUCUCGACAUUACGCCCAACUUACUGCAGAUUCGCCUGCUCGCUCUUGCCGCCGGUGGUCACAGUUUUACGCUUAGAGCGCUCCCUUCAAGCAAGCUCCAAAGUGUUGUCCUUGUAGAAUGUGGAGUGAACGCUCGUCUCUUCCGCAAGAUCAUGCUCGGUCAACGAAUACAGACUAUCGCCUAUCGUCCAGGUCAAGCCCAGGUUGAAGAGAUCACAGGGUCUGACCUCUCUCUGCCACAGCUCCUGGCAUUGUUCACAGACUCCAAAUACUCGCUGGAAGCGCUUACCCUCUUUCCUUCUCAAGAGAGGCUUGAAAAUGUCUUCUUCAAAGUCUUCGAAAAGCUCGAAAGAUUGGAAGUACCUCUUGUGGAUGUCCUGAAUAUCCCAUACGACGAGCAAGACCCUGAGAUCAUCUACGAUAUCCUCAAAGACCAGCUUCCGGCUACCCUGAAACACAUCACUCUCCGCUAUCUGAAUGGCUACCUUCAGGAUAAGGCUGUCAUAGAGCAACUGGCCGUGUUGAAGAUGCAAGGCGUAUUGCCGAACCUCAACAAAGCAACCUUCAACUUUACCAGUGCUGUGGCAUCGUCAUAUUUCUCCGCGGCCAUGGCCAGUUUCGGUGGUCCCGUAGGAGGGCUGGCUGCGAGUACUACGUGGGAAACUCUGCCAGAAAUGGAGAAGAUGGUCCAGAAAGACUUCGGCAAGCUGUACAAGGACGCAGGCAUCUGCAUGGUGGUAGAACAAACGGACUCGUGA